CUGUAUAGCUACUACAGACUAUAUACCAAGUACUGCGAGCUAGAGACAUGGCCGACGCCUCCGCCAUGGACCUCGACAUUGAGGGAAAGCCACAAUUCAAACCAGCAGCAGAACAAGCACUCCGCGUCAAGCCAUCCGCUCAAAAGAUACCCAUCCCACCACACCGCAUGUCCCCCCUCAAGGCACAGUGGUCGCGCUUGUACCCGCCGCUCGUCGAUCACCUCAAGCUACAAGUGCGCAUGAACAUCAAAAACAAGCAGGUCGAAUUGCGGACAUCCAAGUCCACCACAGACUCUGGCGCUCUUCAAAAAGGUGCUGAUUUCGUCAAAGCCUUUGCGCUGGGCUUUGAUCUCGAUGAUGCGAUUGCCUUACUGCGACUCGAUGACCUCUACAUUGAUACAUUUGAGAUUAAAGACGUCAAGACCCUGCAAGGCGAUCAUCUGUCUCGUGCCAUUGGCCGAAUCGCUGGCAAGGACGGCAAGACCAAAUUUGCGAUUGAAAAUGCAACACGCACACGCAUUGUCCUAGCAGACAGCAAGAUUCACAUUCUCGGUGGGUUUCAAAAUAUCAAGGUUGCGAGAGACGCUGUGGUUUCCUUGAUUCUUGGUAGCCCGCCUGGCAAAGUGUAUGCCAAUUUGCGCAAUGUCAGUGCGCGGAUGAAGGAACGCUUCUAGUAGAAUAAUGUGCAUAGCGACAGCGUGUUAUUGCUUUUCAAGAAGGACCAACAGCGAAUCAGUGGGUGUCAUGUAUGCUUUGAACCAGAUCUUGCUUUAGUGAAUGGUCCAGCCCUAUCUGCAAUACUACAUCAGGGCGCCUCAGUCUUGACGACACCCCGUUGCUCAAGCUGCUUGGCAAGCGCCACAUACAAUGAUCGUUUCCGCUCACCAGCAGCACGACCCGAGGAGUAUCCACCUGAACGACCCAACACGCUUGAUCUCAACAAGCUCGCAUCCAUAGAACCCUGUCCGUACUGCGUCAUGCUGAAACUCGCAUUGGGUGUACCUGACCUCGAUUGCUGAUGACGAGGACCAGCA